AUGGAUAUUGGGCACGAGCUGAAUGUGGCUCCAAAUCACACACAUUUCCUCGGCACAAAUGGGUGGAAAAGGAAACACCAGGCAAGACAUAAACUCUCACCAUCUUCAGAGAGUAACAUCAAAAUUUCCCUCCAGAAAAUGGAGCUCACUGCCUUUGCUUCGACAAAUUCCAUUUCUCCGUCUUUCCACUUCCCACAAAACUUCUCAUCAACGAGACGGUGUAAGGGCGUCAGGAUUUGGUGUGUCAAUGGGAAUAUUGAUAUUGUGGACUCUAAGAAGGCAGAUGAGAUGACUGUUUCAAUAACUGGAGCUACAGGGUUUAUAGGCAAAAGAUUGGUACAAAAAUUGCAUGCAGAUAAUCAUCGUGUUCGUGUCUUGACGCGGUCUAGGUCAAAAGCUCAGACAAUUUUUCCGGCCAAGGACUUCCCAGGAAUUGCAAUAGCAGAGGAAUCAGAGUGGAGAGACUGCAUUCAAGGUUCUACAGCUGUUGUAAAUUUGGCUGGACUGCCAAUAAGCACGAGAUGGUCUCCUGAGAUCAAGAAAGAGAUCAAAGAUAGCAGGAUUAGAGUCACUUCAAAGGUCGUAGAUCUAAUAAAUAAUUCACAAGUUGAACUUUGUCCGAGGGUUUUGAUUAGUGCAACAGCUGUUGGCUACUAUGGCACUAGUGAAACACGAGUGUUUGACGAGCAAAGUCCAUCAGGAAGAGAUUACCUGGCAGAGGUUUGUAGAGAAUGGGAAGCAACUGCGCUAAAAGUCAAUGGAAAUGGAAAUGUUAGAGUAGCACUUAUUCGUAUUGGUGUUGUGCUCGGAAAAGAUGGUGGAGCUUUGGCUAAAAUGAUCCCUCUCUUCAAUGCGUUCGCUGGUGGACCUUUGGGCUCUGGAAAGCAAUGGUUUUCCUGGAUUCAUGUGGAUGAUCUAGUGAAUCUGAUCUAUGAAGCUCUAUCCAACGCCGCUUACCAAGGUGUAAUCAAUGGAACCGCACCAAACCCUGUUCGGCUAUCAGAGAUGUGUGAUCACUUGGGAUCAGUCUUGGGACGGCCCUCGUGGCUUCCUGUACCUGAUAUUGCACUCAAAGCUGUUCUUGGAGAGGGUGCUCGUGUGGUUCUUGAAGGACAAAAGGUGCUGCCGACUAGAGCCAAGGAACUGGGAUUCCCUUUCAAAUAUCCCUAUGUGAAAGAUGCACUGAAGGCGAUCGUGUCUUGA